AUGAUCCAGGUCAAUUUCAAACUCCACCAACACCGUCAGUCACACAAACAUCAACGCCAAUCCGUGUCAAACAUCGACCACUUCAACAUCCACCGCAAUCCCAUCCUCAACAUCGGACUCUUCGACUACGUCUACAGCAAUUCCACCACCCACAACAACCGCAAGUACUUCAAGUACUACAACAUCCACAACAACAUCCACCGGAAUCCCAACAUUCUCAACAUCGGCAUCUACGACAACGUCCACUGCAAUUCCGACUUCCACAACAACCGAUAUACUACAACAUCCACAACAACUGAAAGCUCUUCAACAUCCACCGCAAUCCCAACAUCCUCAACAUCGGAAUCUACGACAACGUCCACUGCAAUUCCGACUUCCACAACAACCGAUAGUACUACAACAUCCACAACAACCGAAAGUACAACAGCAUCCACAACAACUGAAAGCACUUCAACAUCCACCGCAAUCCCAACAUCCUCAACAUCGGCAUCUACGACUUCCACAACAAUCGAAAUUACUACAGCAUCCACAACAACUGAAAGCACUUCAACAUCCACCGCAAUCCCAACAUCCUCAACAUCGGCAUCUACGACAACGUCCACUGCAAUUCCGACUUCCACAACAACCGAUAGUACUACAACAUCCACAACAACCGAAAGUACAACAGCAUCCACAACAACUGAAAGCACUUCAACAUCCACCGCAAUCCCUACAUCCUCAACAUCGGACACUACGACUACUUCCACAGCAAUUCCGACUUCCACAACAACCGAUAGUACAACAGCAUCCACAACAACUGAAAGCACUUCAACAUCCACCGCAAUCCCAACAUCCUCAACAUCGGCAUCUACGACUACGUCCACAGCAAUUCCUACUUCCACAACAACCGAAAUUACUACAGCAUCCACAACAAAUGAAAGCUCUUCAACAUCCACCGCAAUCCCAACAUCCUCAACAUCGGAAUCUACGACAACGUCCACUGCAAUUCCGACUUCCACAACAACCGAUAGUACUACAACACCCACAACAACCGAAAGUACAACAGCAUCCACAACAACUGAAAGCACUUCAACAUCCACCGCAAUCCCAACAUCCUCAACAUCGGCAUCUACGACAACGUCCACUGCAAUUCCGACUUCCACAACAACCGAUAUUACUACAACACCCACAACAACCGAAAUACUACAACAUCCACAACAACCGAAAGUACAACAGCAUCCACAACAACUGAAAGCACUUCAACAUCCACCGCAAUCCCAACAUCCUCUACAUCGGAAUCUACGACAACGUCCACUGCAAUUCCGACUUCCACAACAACCGAUACACUUCAACAUCCACCGCAAUCCCAACAUCCUCUACAUCGGAAUCUACGACAACGUCCACUGCAAUUCCGACUUCCACAACAACCGAAAGUACAUCAACAUCCACCGCAAUCCCCACGUCCUCAACUUCGGACUCUACGACAACGUCCACUGCAAGUCCAUCAGAUUCAACGACAACUUCCACAGCAAGUCCGACCACCGAAAGUUCUGCAACAUCCACAACUACUUCCACUGCAAGUCCAACAACCGAAACAAUCCCCACAUCCCCAACUACGGACUCUACAACAACGUCCACUGCAAGUCCAUCAGAUUCAACGACAGCUUCCACGGCAAGUCCGACCACCGAAACAAGUCCGACCACCGAAAGUUCUACAACAUCCACAACAACGGAAAGUACUACCACAUCCACCGCGAUCCCAACAUCCUCAACAUCCGAUUCUACGACUACGUCCACUGCAAGUUCAACAACCGAAAUCCAUCAGAUUCAACGACAACUUCCACAGCAAGUCCGACCACCGAAAGUUCUACAACAUCCACAACAACUGAAAGUACAUCAACAUCCACCGCAAUCCCCACAUCCUCAACUUCGGUCUCUACGACAACGUCCACUGCAAGUCCAUCAGAUUCAACGACAACUUCCACGGCAAGUCCGACCACCGAAAGUUCUACAACAUCCACAACAACCGAAAGUAGUACAACAUCCACCGUGAUCCCAACAUCCUCAACAUCCGAUUCUACGACUACGUCCACUGCAAGUCCAACAACCGAAAGUUCUUCAACAUCCACAACAACUGAAAGUGCUACCACAUCCACAACAACUGAAAGUACUACCACAUCCACCGCAAACCCCACAUCCUCAACUUCGGUCUCUACGACAACGUCCACUGCAAGUCCAUCAGAUUCAACGACAACUUCCACAGCAAGUCCGACCACCGAAAGUUCUACAACAUCCACAACAACUGAAAGUACAUCAACAUCCACCGCAAUCCCCACAUCCUCAACUUCGGUCUCUACGACAACGUCCACUGCAAGUCCAUCAGAUUCAACGACAACUUCCACGGCAAGUCCGACCACCGAAAGUUCAACAACAUCCACAACAACUGAAAGUAGUACAACAUCCACCGCGAUCCCAACAUCCUCAACAUCCGAUUCAACGACUACCAAUCCCCACAUCCCCAACUACGGACUCUACAACAACGUCCACUGCAAGUCCAUCAGAUUCAACGACAGCUUCCACGGCAAGUCCGACCACCGAAACAAUCCCCACAUCCCCAACUACGGACUCUACAACAACGUCCACUGCAAGUCCAUCAGAUUCAACGACAGCUUCCACGGCAAGUCCGACCACCGAAAGUACUACAACAUCCACAACAACUGA